AUGGCACCAGCACCGACAAAUACCAAAUGGACUGUGGAGUUCGACACUCUGCGGCGGGAGCGACUCUUCCGAAAUCCUCCCAAGGACCAUUCCGCCUUCCCUUCCCUGGAAGCCGCAAUUCGCCCUCACAUCGAUUCCUUCAAUGCGCUGUUUGGAGACGCGAAACUGGUCGAGGAAGGUCUGAAAGAUAUCGGAACCAAGACCUUCCUGGAUGGCGACCCCGAGACCCCAGAGCAGCGAGAGAAACGUCGUGCAGAGGGCCGCCCGCCACCUAAGCGGAAUCGGCUCAACGUCCGCAUCAGAGAGGUCUUCCUCGAGAAGGCUGUGCUGCCGCCAACCAACAAGUUCAACACGCGAAACCGCAACAUUUACCCAGCAGAGUGCAGAGAGCGCCAUGCAACAUACCGAGGGAGGCUACGGGCGAGGCUCGGGUACCAGGUCAACAACGGAGAAUGGAAGGAGUCAGUGCGAGAGUUGGGCCAGGUCCCUCUCAUGCUGCGGCUCGUCGAGCACAAGGAAGAGUCGGAAGAACUGGGUGGCUACUUCAUUGUCAACGGAAAUGAAAAGUUGAUUCGAAUGCUGAUUCUGCCGAAGCGCAACUAUCCCAUGGCCAUCGUCCGGCCCACCUUCGCCAACAGAGGCCACCUCUACACCAAGUACGGUAUCCAAAUCCGGUCUGUCCGCCCCGAUCAAACCUCCCAGACCAACGUUCUACAUUAUCUCAGCGAUGGAAACGUGACGUUCCGCUUUUCCUGGCGGAAGAAUGAGUAUCUGGUUCCCGUCAUGAUGAUCCUCAAGGCGCUCGUCGAGACCAACGAUCGUGAGAUCUUUGAGGGCAUCGUGGGAAGCGCCUCCUCCAAGGGAAUCAAGAACACGUUCGUCACCGACCGUGUGGAGCUUCUGUUGCGAACCUACAAGGGAUACAACCUCCAUGGGAAAUCCGAAGUCAGAGCCUACCUGGGCAAGAAAUUCCGUCCGGUCAUGGGCGUUCCGGCUGACAUGUCCAACGAGGACGUUGGCACCGAGUUCCUCCGCAAGGUGGUGCUGCCGCACUUGGGGAACCAGAACGUGACCCCGGCUCAGGACCAUGAUAAGUUCAAGAUGAUCAUGUUCAUGAUCAGGAAGCUUUACGCACUCGUGGCUGGUGACUGCGCACCUGAUAAUCCCGAUGCCGUCUCGAAUCAGGAGGUUCUGCUGGGCGGCUUCCUCUACGGGAUGAUCCUGAAGGAGCGACUGGAGGAGUGGUUGCGAUCGCUUGGCCCCAUCGCUCGAGACUGGUGCAUCAGGAACAAUGGUGCCAAGUUCACCGAUCCGGCAUUCGAGAAGGACUUCCUGUCCAAAAUCGUCAAGAGGUCCAACGAAAAUAUUGGUGGAGCGCUGGAAUACUUCCUAUCGACCGGCAACCUGGUUAGCCCGACGGGUCUGGAUCUCCAGCAAACGUCUGGAUUCACGGUCGUGGCAGAGAAGAUCAAUUUCUAUCGAUUCAUCAGCCACUUCCGCAUGAUCCACCGAGGAAGCUUCUUCGCCCAGCUGAAGACGACCACAGUCCGCAAGCUCCUUCCAGAGAGCUGGGGUUUCCUGUGCCCCGUCCAUACCCCUGAUGGAGCCCCAUGUGGACUCUUGAAUCACCUGGCGCACAAGUGUUUGAUUGCAACAAAUAACCUCGAUGUUUCUCAUAUCCCUCGAAUAGUUGCCCAACUUGGCGUCCGUUCGGAAUCUUCGGUGGCCCUGGACGAAAGUGUGCCGGUGCAGCUGGACGGACGUAUCAUUGGGUAUUGUUCGCCCAAGCAGGCGCGCAUGAUCGCCGACACCUUGAGAUUCUGGAAGGUCGAGGGCACGCACAACAUCCCCCGGGAGCUUGAGAUUGGUUAUGUGCCCAACUCGAAUGGAGGCCAGUAUCCCGGAAUCUACAUGUUCUCCCAGAUGGCACGGAUGUACCGGCCCGUCAAGUACCUGGCUCUUGAUAAACUGGACUACGUCGGUCCAUUUGAGCAGCCCUUCAUGGAGAUUGCAUGUAUGCCGUCGGAUGUCAUUUCUGGAGUCUCCACCCACAUCGAGUUCACGCCCACCAACAUCCUGUCCAUCUUGGCCAACUUGACCCCCUUCUCCGACAACAACCAGUCGCCCCGGAAUAUGUACCAGUGCCAGAUGAGCAAACAGACCAUGGGUACGCCUGGCACUGCCUUUGCAUACCGCACAGAUAACAAGCUCUACCGAUUGGAGAUGGGCCAGACGCCGAUUGUUCGGCCGCCAUUGUACAAUGAAUACGGACUGGACAACUUCCCGAACGGCACAAACGCCAUUGUGGCUAUUAUUUCAUACACGGGUUAUGACAUGGACGACGCCAUGAUUAUUAAUAAAUCGUCUCACGAGCGUGGCUUCGGUUAUGGAACGAUUUACAAGACAAAAUUCUUCAACCUGGACGAGAAGGAGUCCCGUCGAAGCAAGUCGAAACGCGAGAUCAGCAAACUGUUUGGGUUUGCUCCCGGGGCCGAGAUCAGGGCGGAGUGGCGCAACACCCUGGAUGAAGACGGUCUUCCUCACAUCGGCGUCAAAGUUAGAGAGGGGAGCGUCAUUGCGGCCUGGCACACCGUCCGUUACGACCCUGCCAGUGACUCGUACGUCAACGUCGACGGUCAGACGCAUUUCCUGAAGUAUAAAGACCAAGAGGAGGGGUACAUUGAUAGCGUUCGCCUGGUUGGUUCCGAGAAUGGAAAUGAACCCAUCCAGGCGAUCAGCGUGAAAUUCCGCAUUCCUCGAAAGCCGAUCAUUGGUGACAAAUUCUCCUCGCGUCACGGACAGAAAGGUGUCUGUUCCCAACUGUGGCCAGCGGUCGAUAUGCCCUUCUCGGAGAGCGGGAUCCAGCCGGACCUGAUCAUCAACCCGCACGCGUUCCCUUCUCGUAUGACAAUCGCGCAGAUCAUCGAAUCCAUGGCCGGCAAAGCCGGUGCUCUUCAUGGUCACCCACAAGAUUCAACGCCCUUCCAGUUCAACGAAGACUACACGGCGGCGGACUAUUUCGGCGAGCAGCUUCGCAAAGCCGGGUACAACUACUACGGGAACGAGCCGAUGUACAGCGGGAUCACGGGCAAGGAGUUCGCGGCCGACAUCUACCUAGGAGUCGUGCACUACCAGCGUCUGCGACACAUGGUGAACGACAAGUUCCAGGUGCGAACGACGGGGCCGGUGAACGCGCUGCACGGGCAGCCCGUCAAGGGCCGAGCCAAGGGCGGUGGUAUCCGAGUGGGAGAGAUGGAGCGCGACUCGCUGCUUGCGCACGGCGCGGCCUUCCUGCUGCAGGACCGGCUGAUGAACUGCUCCGACUCGCAGCGGGCGUGGAUCUGCCGCGACUGCGGCUCGUUCCUGUCGACGCAGGUGACCAUCUCGACCGUGGGGUCGCACAAGUCUCGGGGCGGCGCGAACCAGGGCGCCGUGGCGGCAGCAGCCAAGGUCGUGCCGAACCAGGCAGCGCCCGUGGGCGGCAUCGGCGCGCUGGGCGGCGUCAACGGCAUCGUGCGCUGCCGGCGCUGCGCGCGGGAAGCAGUCUUCGAGGACUCGCGGGCCGAAGUGUGGGAAGACGGCGAGGGACGACGGUACGUGGGCGGCGACAACGUGACGGUAGUCGCUGUUCCGGGUGUCCUGCGGUAUCUGGACGUGGAGCUAGCAGCGAUGGGCAUCAAGAUGAAAUUCUGGGUCGACAAUUAG